AUGAAACUAUAUAAUAAAAUAGAUAAAAGAGAUGUUAUUGCAGUAGAUGGUGGCUAUUCUCUAUUUAUCAAACAAUUUGAAGAUUUAUGUAAAAAUAAAAAUAUAUUAUUAAACGAUGAUAAUUUCUUUUAUCCUAUUAGAAAGGAACCAGAUAUAGAUAUGAACGUACAAGAAAAGCAUUUCAAUGAUGUGUUUGGAAGCUUUAGGUCUAUAAUAGAAAAUCAGUUUAGUGAAUUACAUAAUAAAUAUAAGAGAUUUAUAUUUACUGAAUCAUUUAAUAUAAUAACUCAAGAACAUCACAAACUAUGGAUGUCACGUGACUUUGAUUUUCCUACAAAAUAUAAGUUAGUAGAUAUAGUAUUAAAUAAUGAAAUUAAUCAAAUGGAUAAAAUAAAAAGAAUGACUGAAAUCCAAAACGAUUUUUCUGAUCUAAAUAUGAAUGGUGAUGAUAUGGUAGUAGAUGAUGUAGAGCAAGAAGAAAUUACAAAUAGUGAUGAAGCUGUCGACUUUCCACAAUAUAAUAAUAUAAAUAAAAAGAAAAGAAAGAAAGGUAAAAGUGAAAGAAAAGUUAAUAUUAAUCUAAUACGAGAAAUAACUAAAGAUAAUCAAUUCUAUGAGAUAGAAAAUAUAAUAAAACAUAAAAUAAGUGAAAGCAAUGAUUAUAUUUUUCUUGUUAAAUGGAAAGGAUAUGGAAGCAAAGAUAAUUCUUGGGUAAAUGAGAAAGAUUUUAGCUCCAAAGAUUCAAUAAAAGACUACUUCAUUAAACAAAAUAUAAAAUAUUAA